UUUCGCGGUUGAUCUCUGUUGGUGCGCGGCCGCGCGGCGAUGCCCCCGCGGGCAGCGAGGAUAUCGCCGAGGCGAGCACGCACGCCGUGCGCCUGCGAGCGUUUUCUCUCCGAUCCGUGUAACAGCUUUGGAGAUUAGCGAGUCGACGCGGGGGCAGCCGGGUCAUCGUGGCGACACGCGUUAUCGACGCGCUGUAAAUACGCGUGUGUAUAAACGAACCUCGGUCCAUAAAUAACACUGGGCCAGUCAGUCAGAAGCGGCGGCUCGUCGUCGUUUCUCUUCGACGCUCGUUCGCGGCUUCGCUCGUUAGACGGGACCACCACUCUAAUUAGCCGAAUCGGUCUGCUCCGCGGGGAAGGAAGAUGUCGAGGGAAGCGACGCGAUAGUACGUUCGCGAUUCGGUGUGGAUGGAAUAGGAUAUUCGUAGAUUAUUCGCGGUUCGCGUCGUUUCCGUUCGAACGGCGAAUCGAGUGACGGUGGCGGAAUUUAUCUGGUGUAAUUUGAUGGAACUAUCGUGCCGGUCGAAAUGCUUUUAGCUUUCUUAUUUGGAAUUUCGCCGCAGCGCGUCGAGAUGCUGCUCUCCAGCGCCUGGUUCGAGGUGAUCGCCGCCGCGCUCCUGACGAUCCUGAUCCUCGCCACCAGCUACCGGCCCGCCUGGUGGUUCUGGACCGGCACUUUUCACAAGAAGAACGCUCCCGCCGAGGAAAAACACGGAAGGGUGGCGCACCGUAAGGCGGUGUCCGAUGUGCCGGGCCCGUACUCCCUGCCGAUCCUCGGCACCAGGUGGAUAUUCUCCCGCUUCGGUUGCUAUCGGUUGAACAAGAUCCACGAAGCCUACAAAGAUCUGAAUCAACGGUACGGUCCGCUGUGCAAGGAAGAGGCGCUAUGGAACUACCCCGUGAUCUCCAUCUUCUCGCGGGCGUACAUCGAAGCGCUCCUAAGGCAAAGCUCCCGGUUCCCGCUGCGUCCGCCGCAGGAGGUGAUAUCCCACUAUCGGCAAACCCGCCGCGAUCAUUACACGAAUCUUGGGCUGGUCAACGAACAGGGGCAAAAGUGGCACGAUCUUCGGACCGCACUUACGUCAGAGCUGACGGGGGCCAACACUGUCCUUGGCUUCUUCCCGGCGCUGAACGUCGUCGCGGACUCCUUCGUUGAUUUAAUUCGUCGACGGAGAACUGGCUACAAAGUGACCGGAUUCGAAGAGCUCGCCUACAAGAUGGGACUGGAAAGCACCUGCACCUUGAUCCUGGGCCGCCAUCUCGGCUUCCUGAAGCCCGACUCCAACUCGACGACCACCACGAGAUUGGCGGAAGCCGUCCGGGUCCAUUUUACCGCGUCGCGCGACGCUUUCUACGGCCUGCCGUUGUGGAAGCUGCUGCCGACGUCCGCGUACAAGCAGCUGAUAGAGAGCGAGGACACGAUUUACAACAUCAUCUCGGAGAUCGUGGAGGCCACCAUACGCGAGAAACGAGACGACGCGAAAGACGAGUCCGUGGAGGCGGUCUUCCAGUCCAUCUUACGACAGAAGAGUCUCGACAUGCGGGACAAAAAGGCUGCUAUCGUAGAUUUCAUAGCGGCUGGCAUUCACACGCUCGGAAACACGCUGGUGUUCCUGUUCGACUUGAUCGGGCGCAACCCGAGGGUGCAAGCCCAGCUCUACGAGGAGGCGUACGCAUUGGCGCCGGCCGGCUGCGAUCUGACCGUCGAGGAUUUGCGGAAGGCCAAGUAUCUACGCGCCUGUAUAACCGAAUCCUUUCGCGUCAUGCCCACGACAACCUGCAUCGCCAGAAUCCUGGACGAACCCGUCGAUCUUGGUGAUUAUCAUCUUACCGCGGGGACCGUGGUCAUACUGCACACAUGGAUAGCCGGCAUGAAGGAAGAGAAUUUCAAAGACGCGGCGCAGUACAUGCCUGAGAGGUGGUUGAAACCUGUCGCCCCUCAUUCGCCCAUGCUGAUCGCGCCUUUCGGGACGGGUAGGAGGAUAUGCCCGGGAAAACGUUUCGUAGAGCUUGCGUUGCAGCUUAUUCUGGCGAAGAUCAUCCGGGAAUUCGAGAUUGUCGUGGAGGAAGAGCUCGGUUUGCAGUUCGAGUUUAUUCUUGCGCCGGAGAGUCCGGUGUCUCUGGGCUUCCGUGACCGUACAGAGAAUGCGUAAACGACGUGGACGUUCCUCCUUUGUCUCCUCCGUUGGUUUCCGUGGUCCGAUCCGUUUAGGAUACUCUCGAACAUUCGUUUACAGACUCUCGUUGAAGACUAUUCACCGUUACACCGAGGAUCAUAUAAAUAGUAUUAGUAUUUAUAUUUAAUUGUUCACGCGAGCUCUUCGUUCGGUUUCGCUUUCGCGUGAGAAACUCGCGAGCGUGUCGGGAAACACUCUUUGCGUUUACGUUGUGUAACAUAUUGUAUGUAGAUAUCCGUUGUUUGCUAAUAUAACGAUAAACGAUGAAACCAGAGAGAGAGAGAGAGCGUGAUCGCACGAGGAAUUUCUCUGUUCGUUCUGACGUCACUUACCACGGCCCGACGCGCGUCUCGACAGACGACACCCGAUAGAAGGAAAUCUCGCUUCGAACAAAAAUUAAAUUACGUUUAUUCAAUUCGUUAAUUUACUAACGAUCGUCAUGGCUCACAGCUUGCGUGCCGCCGGCCGUGAAACUUACAUACGUCGUACACGUUUAGUUAGUACACUUAUACAUAUAUUACAUAGUUGUAAAUGCGUCCUAAGAGACUGGAAGGAAUUAUUAUAAUCAUAUUAAUGGUACGCGCGAUGCCGUCGCGCAUCUUGUGUUAAUACGAUUAAAAGUGUUGGCCCGAAGGUGUAUGAUUAUAAACGACGACGCGACGUUCUAUCGUCUAUCUCUUUUUGACAACGGCGAAGGCGUUUCGUUUGACUAUCGUUCGCGUAAAAGAAAUUUGCCCUAAAUCCGUAGGUGACCGGGUAACGAUCGUUGACGUAUCGCUGUGCGAGCCAUUCGUUUGCCAAAGCGAUUAAGUCCACCAAACGAGAAAUAGAGAAACUAAAUGAAAUAAAUAAGAUUCCGUUAGCAAUGUGUCGAUUAAACGCUGCGCCAUUCUUCCAAGUGAUUCGAGUAAACGGAGUUAGUCUGUUCGACCUAUGAACGGCUCAUACGUAUCAGCUUGUCCCAUAAGUUCCUUUCGUUUUAUUCUCACAUUAUUAUUGAAUUAUAUAUGAUCCAUUUUCGUUUGUUACUCUCCUCCAUCUUUAUGGCAGCCUCGCAAUGCCGUUUUUCCAAAACAUCUACAGACUUUGUCAUUGAGUAGGAAAUGUAUGGGACAACCUGACGUAGUGGGAGCGAAUUGUAAUGUAGAUCAGUCGAUUCGUUGGUGGGCCGCGCAAGUUCCUGUCACGUUGGAUAAAAACUGUGUUACGCGUGGCUGAUAGCGAUCACUUGACCAAACCUUUGAUACUCCUGGGAAGAUUCGGAUUGGAGCCCUUGUUCACGCUCGCGGCGGUCGGUCUCAUGAAACCGUGGCUUUUCGUGCUGGCUCGAGGGUGAAUCAACUUGCUCCUCGUAGCCGGUAUUUUCUCCACGUUCGACCGAUCCAAUGGAAGCAAUGACCGUUGCGUGCCGCUUCCAUUGUUGCUGGCGUUGCUGCCGAGCGAGCCGUUUGUCCGUCCUUUG